AUGGGAACAAACGGAAACAAUCUCCCAGCUCCAGCAGAUGUCAAAAGCCUUUACGCCAAAUGUAGCAUACAACAAAUGAGGCUUUUUGAACCAAACCUUGACAUACUGGGAGCUCUACGCCAGUCCGGCAUCAGGGUCUGCCUCGGAGUCAGAAACGAGGACCUCCCUAAGCUCGGGGCAUCCAAUGAUCCUGCACCUUCUACAGAUUGGCUUAACACCAACGUCGUUCCCUUCAAAGACGACGUCACAUUUAGUUACAUAACACUAGGGAAUGAAGCUGUUCCUGGACAGUUCGCGCAGAAUGUUCCUGCUGCAAUCAACAACAUGCAAAAUGCUCUCAAUUCCCUUGGUCUGGGGACUAUUAAGGUAACAACCGUCGUCCCAACAAGCGUUUUAGGAGCAUCUUUUCCUCCCUCAAAUGCAACAUUUUCGCCUGAUAAUUUACAAAUAAUGGGGGACAUAAUAUCGUUUCUGAAUGGCAAUGGUGCACCCCUUUUGGUAAAUGUGUACCCCUACUUUAGUUAUGCUUCGAACCCGUCUGACAUUUCAUUGCAAUACGCGACCUUUCAGUCCACAAAGCCUGUUGUGGUGGACGGGGACUAUCAGUAUUACAAUCUCUUUGACGCUAUGGUUGAUGCAAUUCAUGCAGCAAUAGAGAAGGUGGGUGCAGGUAACAUAGCAGUGGCUAUAUCUGAGUCUGGUUGGCCAAGUGCGGGGAAUGAUCCUUAUGCUAGUGUGGAUAAUGCGAGAGUUUAUAACACAAAUCUUGUGGAUCAUGUUACGAAGAAUGGGACUCCAAGAAGACCAGAAGACAGGAUGGAUACUUUUAUCUUCGCGAUGUUCAAUGAAAACCUAAAGGCUGAAGGUGUGGAGCAGAACUUUGGAUUGUUUUAUCCCAGCAUGGCCCUUGUUUAUCCUGUGUUUUCUUGUUAA